AGUCAUCCGGAGCGAAGUGGGCGCAGGAAGAGCUGCCGCGGCGCUGUCUGUCCCUGCGCGGACACGGACACAGAAACUGACACGGACUCGGAGCCUGGCUCGGAGGGACAGAGAGGACUCAGGACGCCCCAGCCGUCGCGCGCCGCCAGACCAGUUGAGUCCUGUGGCUUUUUCAAAGAUUGGUUGAUGAUGGAAAUGCACUGGAUACAAGAAGCAGAUUCUACCUUGUUGUAAUAGAAGCAUUCUCAGCCUUUCUCCUGAUCGUGCUCCCAGCGUUGGGCAGGAGGAGUGACAAGGAUCUCUAAUUGAAGAGAAGAAAACAUCAUUUGGGAAACUUUUUCUCCCCCAUAUUUCUGCAUUUUAAUUUUGUUUUCACUUUAUACAUGGUCAGAAUUAAGGAAGUAGACAACACCUCUGGAAGCAUUCCACUCCCAGUCUAGCAUUGAACACAAGUGUGUUGUCCAGAAUCUUCACAAAGCAGAGCAAGUUUCUGCUGGACUGUUUCUACCCCAAGGCAGUCCAAGAUCUUAAGAUUACAGUAGACACACACACACACACACACACACACACACACACACACGUUUAGCAGCUGUAUGAUUGGGGAUAAUGAAAUUAAUAUUUUAAAUGCCCUCUCAUGUAGAUGUUUCUCAAUUGAGUUGACUCUCCAAGUUCACAAUUUUCUAUUACUUUAAUAAAAUUAUAUUUUUCCUCUGUUAUCUGCCCUUUGCUAACACAUGACCACACUUGUCUUGCUAGCCAUGGCCUUGCUAUGAAUAGCGUUGGUAGCAACUCACUAGAUCCUCAUGUACUAUCUGCUUCAGCGACAACAUAGUGCCCACCCUGAAGGCAGGUGAAUGAGCUGAACAGAGGUGUGUGGUCCCCCCCUCCCUUUUUUUAAAUGUAACCAGACACCUUUUUCUGUUCUCCCCCUCCCCCUCCCCCCUUUAUUUGGGUAAGUGUGAGAAACAGAGUAGUUUAAAAUGAGCAACUGAGGGGGCAGAGGGCUGGUCAGCACAGGGCGUGGCUUUUGGUGCCUCGAAUAGGCGUGCUGCUGCCCAGGCCACCCCAGCCCCUCUUGACAGAAAGAUAACGUGGAAGACCCAGCUGGGCCAAGCAUACGGAGUUGGAGGACCAGGACCGCAGAGGUUACACUCUGGGAUCCUGGCCAUGAGGUUUGAUGCCUCCUCACCUUGCUGAAGAGAGACACUGGACCUAAAUGGCGCAGCAUGACUUCGUCCCUGCUUGGCUUAAUUUCUCCACACCACAGUCAGCUAAGGUAUCAAGACCAUAUUUGUGUCAUAGAAGGAAUUUGUCUCCUGCAGCCACCUUUGAAAAACAUGGAGAGCACCUAUCCCGAGGAGAAGGACGAUUUGGAGUGAGUCGCCGGAGACAUAACUCCUCUGAUGGUUUUUUUAACAAUGGGCCCCUACGGACUCCAGGAGAUUCCUGGCACCAACCCUCCCUGCUCCGCCAUGACUCCGUAGAUUCGGGUGUCUCCAAGGGCACACAUGCCGGACUCGCUGGGAACCAGUCCGGCUGGCAUGGCUCUGCCCGGGGUCACGAUGGCGCGAGCCAGCGCGGCGGGGGGGGAGCAGGGACUCACCGCCACUGGAAUGGCAGCUUCCACUCCCGCAAGGGCUCUGCCUUUCAGGAAAAGCCACCUACUGAGGCCAGGGAAGAAAAGAAAGAAGAGAAGGCGGAGAAGUUGCAGUUUGAGGAGGAAGACUUUCCAUCUUUGAAUCCAGAAGCUGGGAAACAGAAUCAUCCAAGCAGACCUGUUGGGACCCCUUCUGGAGUAUGGGAAAAUCCUCCCAGUGCCAAGCAACCUACCAAGAUGCUGGUCAUCAAAAAGGUUUCCAAAGAGGAUCCUGCCGCUGCCUUCUCUGCUGCAUUCACCUCACCAGGACCUCACCUUGCAAAUGGGAACAAGCCCACAACUAUUGUCCCAAGUGUCUACAAAAACCUUGUCCCAAAGCCGGCAGCGCCUCCUUCCAAGCCCAGUCCGUGGAAAGCAAACAGGACAGAACAUAAAGCAGGCUCGCUCUCCUCUAGCCGGGAUUCUGCCUUUACCAGUCCAGUUGCUGUCACCAAACCAGUAGUACUGGCAAGUGGUUCAGUACUUCCCUCUCCCAAAGAGAGCCCCUCCAGCACCACCCCUCCCAUCGAGAUUAGUUCCUGCCGUCUAACCAAGCUGACCCGUCGGACCACAGACAAAAAGAGUGAGUUCCUAAAGACUCUGAAGGAUGACCGGAAUGGAGAGAUCUCAGAGAACCGAGAAUGUGACAAACUGGAGGACAUGGAGGGGAACAGCACACCAGAACCAAAGGAAAAUGGGGAAGAGGGUUGCCAUCAGAAUGGCCUCACUCUCCCCUUAAUGGAGGAGGGAGAAGGCCUUUCUCUCUCAUUGGAAGCGGAACACAGGUUAUUGAAAGCAAUGGGCUGGCAGGAAUACCCAGAGAAUGACGAAAAUUGUCUUCCCCUCACGGAGGAUGAGCUAAGAGAGUUCCACAUGAAGACAGAGAAGUUAAGAAGAAACGGCUUUGGGAGGAAUGGCUUCUCUCAGAGCCGCCGCCUCUCUGGCCUCUUUGCCACUUGGAGAAAUGCUUUGAAGCCUGAGGCCGAAGACUCGGGCACCGAGACGAGCAGCAGCGAAACUUCGGAUGAUGAGGCCUAGCCGAGUGACCUGUCCAGCUCCGCUCCCCGUCAGGGUUGUAUAAAUGAAACCGUUCUUUUUCCUUUCCUUGUUCGUUGCUGUUGAAUCCUUCGUGCACAAAGGGGAUGAUCCCAAAGAAGAGAGAUUGGCUUUGUUUGGCUUUUUUUCUUUUUCUUUUUCUUUUUUUUUUUUUUUUUUUUGGUCCAGCCUGUUCUAUGCUUAAUAGAGGCAAGUUUGUAUAGCUGGGAAAUUUGUGACAAAAAAAAAAUAAAAUAAAUAUAUAAGUACACACGUACACACAUACACACAAGUUUGUGUGCAGCUGUGUGUGUAGGACAGUAAAUGUGUCUGACAGAGCUGGUGGCAGAAGUGAGCAAGAGCCGGACCUUGGCAGCCUUAGCUUUCUAACGCAGCCCCGCCCACCCCACCCAGCCCCCCCUGCCUGCCCUAGGCCCUUGGGAGCUCAGGGCUACUCACAAUGUGCUCAAACAAUCAUUGUCAAUGACAAAAUGACUAUGGAAGUUAUAACUGUGUUAAAUUAAUGCAAAUAACAUGGAUUUUUAAUUUUCUUUUUAUUUUUGGCGGCUCGGGCAGCUUUCAUCACUUAACCAAGCAUUUGUGGGUUUCCUUUUUUCCAUUUUGGGUACAGCUGUAAAAUAUUUGGAUAUAGGAAUUGUUGUGUUCUUCUUGCAGCCUUGAUAUUCAGGGUGGAUUGUAAAAUAUAAAUUUUUGUGAGAUUUCAAAGAUUAAGAUUAUUUUGAUAACAUUAUUUACAGAUUUUAAAAAGUGGUUAUCACAUGAGUCUGUAUAAGGGGAAAAACUACUGCAUCAAAAAUAACUAACUUGGAAUAAAUAUUUUGCAUCAGUUUGCCAA